AUAUACGCAUACUUUUGUUUAUAAGUAAAUAAAUUGCGACGGACCACUCAUUCACCGGAGAUUCAAAUGACAACGGUGACAGCAGCACCGGCAGCCGUAUUUCCGGUAGCGAGUCGACUCAGUAGUAGCUUAACGUCUUCAACUCGCCGUUCUUUUAAACCUCUAUCUUUGAUUACGAAUUUCGCGCUAAAAAUCCGCGCGUCAUCCUCAACCGCCAACGUUGAAACCACUCCGGGUACCAGUUUCAAUGAGAAUGAUGGGAAGGCAAAGAAGCUGUUAUUUGGUUGUCCCAUUUGUUAUGACAAGUUAUUAUGGAAUGGUGAUCCACUUUUCUCAGUAGAUUCUACACCCAGGUCUGUUUUGAAGUGUAGCACCUGUAACAAUACCUACAGUGGUAAUGAAACAUAUCUUGAUCUAACAAUAACCAGUGGCUCCAAGAAAUAUGGUGAAUCUAUGCCAGCUUCUUCUGAGCUUUUCAGGUUGCCUCUUGUAUCAUUCCUAUAUGAGAGGGGCUGGCGACAAGCUUUUUCAACAUGGGGUGGUUUCCCAGGCCCGGAGAGAGAGUUUGAAAUGAUGAAAGAUUUUCUUAAGCCAGUCAAUGGAGGAAACAUUAUUGAUGCUAGCUGUGGUAGUGGGAUGUUUUCAAGACUUUUUGCAAAGAGUGGGCUAUUUUCUCUUGUUGUUGCGCUAGAUUAUUCAGAGUCCAUGUUAAAGCAAACCUAUGACUACAUCAAUCAGGAGGAAAACAUAUCUAAAGAGAACUUAAUCUUGGUUAGAGCUGAUAUCGCACGACUUCCAUUCCCUUCAAGUUCUGUAGAUGCUGUGCACGCUGGUGCAGCUCUUCAUUGUUGGCCCUCGCCAUCAUCUGGCGUAGCUGAAAUAAGUCGAAUUCUCCGACCUGGAGGAGUUUUUGUUGCCACCACCUACAUAGUAGAUGGCCCUUAUUCAUUGAUCCCCUUUUUAUAUCCUAUACGUGAGAAUAUAGGGCAGAUAUCAGGGAGCCACAUUUACCUAUCUGAAGGUGAACUAAAAGAUCUGUGCAUAGCUUGUGGACUGGUGGAUUAUACAUUUGUUAGAAACAGACGUUUUAUUAUGAUCUCUGCCCGAAAGCCCAACUGAGCAUGCAGGAAUUGUCCAAUUAUUUCCUUCAUUAAGAUAAAGGUAGUUAUGGCUUCUGUCAUCUUAACAUUGUAUAUCACGUUGUACAUGAACAAUUCAACAAUAAGAUGAUUUAUGUAAAAAACAAGAAAACUUUUAAUUGUAGAUUUGAAACUAGUUUUGUUGUAGAAUGAUUUAUGUAAAAAGCAAGAAAAUUUUCAAUUGUAGAUUUAAAAGUAGUUUUCUUGAAUGA